AAAAACGGAUACAUUUGCGAUUCUUUGUAGCAGGGCGCCGUCCAGCAUGCCUUGAAUACAAACCUGUGGUGCAGCUUCACGGUGCUGAAUAAACGUCCAUCCCAGAGAUCAGAAAAAGAAGGACAGACAAGGAGAGAAAGAGAGAGCAAGGGGAUGUUGACUUAUCCCUCUGACUCGCUCCCUCAGAUAGUUUGUCCAAUGGAUGAACGUGCUAUUCCCCCAAACAGUUUCUGUAGUGCACCUCCCCACAGUGAACCUCCACCACCUCUCCUCCCCCUUUCCUCCAUCACUCCCAGCUGUGCGAAAAAUGGAAUAUCUGAACACAGAAGGAGUGGCCGCAUUCAGGAGAUCCGAGCACAAUCCCCUAAGAAGCAGAGCGUCACAGACAAUGGAGCAGCUCAGAAAACAUCCAGACAGAAUCCGGCCCCUACAAAGAGACAAAGGGAGAGUGAAAACAUGGUGUCGCAGUCUAAGCAGCAAAGAGUUGAAGGAACACAUAUACAAGAGAAACAAAAGGAGGAUGGAUUUGAUGGGAGUUCUGCAGCAGAGCGACAAAAUGAGCAAAACUUCCAGAGAAGCCCAGAGACUGCAGAAAAUGUUGUUGAGCCGUUUGCUGUUGAUGCCACACAGAACGUCGACACCACAAAAUCUGACAUGGAUACAUGUGGGGGACUGGCUGUUGGACACUCUUUAGAAAAUGCGUCUGCCCCAAAGGGAUGGGUGAUCGGCCCCUUGAUUCAGUCAUUGAAGUCAAAGAUGGCGAGUUUCACAGAGAUAGUCAUGAGUCCUGUUAAACUCUUCAGAGCUAAUAGUCCUCCACCAUCCAUGGACCAUCCAGACAAACUCGAUGAGUCUGAGCUUCAGGCCACUGGAGCAUCUGAUGUUGAACACUCAGAGCCAAGCGAUGUGUUUCAUUCAGAGGCACAAAGUGAGAAUGAGAAUCAGGAUGCUAAAGCUAAUCAGCAGAUACUCAGUACAGUAGAAGGUGCACAAAACACAAAAGCUGUUGCUCUUAGAUAUUCCAAAAAAUUAUUGUUUGAUGUAGAGUUGCCAAAACACAGCUCUGACCAGGCGGAUGAAUGUGCAAUAACCCAAAAGGAAAAGAACUCACCUGAUGCUGUGCCUUUGCCACGCUGCCCGUUACCCUGCAUUGUUUCUGAGGAAGUUUCAGAAUCUGUAGGGUCCGUUAUGCGGUCCUCUCUAUUGUUACAGCCCUCUAUCAAUAUAAGUGCCUCACAUGAAACCAAGUUAAAUAUGUCUGGUGCUAUCGAGGAUCAGAAAGGCAAACUGACUGCCGAGCAGAAACCACUGCCAAGGAAAUGUUCAGUGAAUAGAUCAGGAGCAAAGAAAGUUCAAGGAAAGACUUCAACAUCUAAAGUGAAAAAGGAAGAGUCCGAGGUUAGUGAUGAGCAGUUUUCUCACAUUAAUUCAGUCAAAUCAAACAAAGCUGAUUCUGUCUGUUAUGCUCAGCCUGACACUGACUGUCCUCAGCCUGAUGAUGAUGGCAGGAAAAUAGAAAGUUUGGAUUGCCUAAGCCACGUAAAAAACUUCAAUGACAGUGCUAACGGAGGGACACUGAAGCCGUCUUUGGAUACUCAGCAGCUGGAUUGUCAACUGAACCCUGAAACUUAUUCAGCUGCAGGUCUUGGGAGAGCAAAGAGAGGGGUGGAACUGGACUGUCAUUCCCAAGACUUUGUGAAGAGGAAGAGAUUAACAGCAGACAAAAGUACAAAGGACACAAAAAGACAAGAGUUAUUAAAUAUGGCUCCAGAUGUUGGCAUAUUGAGACCGCCAAGAAAAGAAGUUGUGUCAACAAAUCCCGUUGUACAUAAAGAAGAAACGCUGAAGCCUGUUAGAAAAGGACCGUCUGUUUCCACAAGAGCAAAUAAGAAAGAAAAAAGUGGACAAGAAAUACUUGCUACGAUAAAUGAAACUGUGUUAAUCACACAGACCGAAAGUUACUCACUGGAUAAAAGCACUGGUGUGUCGGAGAAUAACCUAAAGGACAACAGCAGCAAGGGGAAGCCCAGGGGUUCGUGCAGAAAGCCGAAGACGAGAACAGACCUUGGUAAACCUGAUGUAAACGUCGAUAACAGUAUGGAAUUGGAAACCAGCAUGGCAAUCUCCUCCACAAAACAAACCGAGCAGGAAACGUUAUCGGAAGUUUUUACUCGUCCUGCUAUGAAGCCGCUCCAGAGCACAAGCAAGCGCAGGAAUAUAAAUAAGAAACCAGUCAAACGGAAAUCGCCGAGCCACUCGAGCUCAACUACAGAAUCAGACAGCACUUUGUUUUCUACCUCUUCAGCACAAUCAAUGGAGCCAUUGGAUCUCACGCCCACAGAUUUGAACGCCUCUCAGUGUGUUCAAAAAGAAGAAGGCUCGAAAAAGGGACUGAAUCAGCCGUCCAAGAGACCCAAAAAGGGUUUUAGAGUUGAUGGUACAUCGUCUGCGGCAGUUGGGAGUCAAGAGACGAAGCAGUGUAUCCAUAACCUUCAUGUGAUAGCCAAAGAAAACCAGCCUAAUGAAAACGCAGGUAAAAUCUCAAUGGACCCUUUGUAUUUUGAAAUGACACCCUUUGAAAGUGAUCAACAACCUGUUCCUUCACCCUCCCAACCUAAUGUGAAUGAUUCAGCACAAUCAAAUAAUGAAAUGAAGCACGUCACCGAUCGGAAAGUAAAACGUUCUGCUUCUGUGUCUGAUGAGGUAUUUUCCACUGACGCUGAAGCCAUUAACCACAGCAGCAUUACCGUCUCUGGUUCUAGGGCAAGAAGGGUUAAUAGUAAGCCAAGAAGAGCAGAUAAACAAAGGAGAAAAUGCAGGGUUUUGCUAAGCAGGACAUGUAAAGGUGAAGAGGUGACUCAGUCCGUCACUAUGGAUGAUGCAGACCUGGCUACAGCAAGUUCACACUCUGAGACAAACAACUUGUCAAGGCUCCUGUUGCGCAGCUACUCUUGCCCGGAGAUCCCCUCCCUUCGUCUCCAUGACACCCUCUGGACUUCUGCUCUGCCUUCAGCCCAUCACAGCAGAAUCCAUUCGCCACACCAGCUCCAGCCGUCCCACACUCCUGUCCAUCAUGGCCACAAGUCCCUCCGGCGGGCUCGACGACACACGGUCUGCAGUGUAGAAGUGGAGAGGGAGAUCGCGCCUCUCUGCCUUCGUAAGGAGGUCUACCCGUCCAGAAGAUCUCUCCCGUGUGACAGAGCCACCCUAGGGUGGUCUCCUAGUUUUUCUCCCAGCACUUCCCUCUCCGCUCUUGCUUCCUGUUUCCUUUCAAGCCCCCUGGCUUUCCUCUCUAAGAAGCCUGCCUCCAGCCCCAGCACUUCCAGUCAUGUUUCCUCUCCCACCUCCUCCUCUUCGAUGUACCCAUCGGUAUUCCUCGAAAGAAUUGACCCGUCUAGUUCUACUACGUUGGACUAUAGAAGCAGUGGGAAUCUGUUGGAGUGUCAGAGGGAGAGAAGACAACAGAGUGAAGAGGAGGAUGAUGGCGAGGACACAAGCUCAUCCAGUCAGGAGUUUGAAGAAGUAGCGUUGAGAGAAGAAAAGGCUUUGUCCGAUUCUGAAAUCAAGGUGGUGCAAAAGCAUGAGGAACGAGGGAAAGUGUCAUCUAUAAGAAUUCGGAAAACUUUACCCAAACCUCAGAACAACCUGACACCCAUGGGCCUUCCCAGACCCAUCAGGCUGAAGAAGAAGGAGUUUAGUUUGGAAGAAAUUUACACCAAUAAGAAUUUCAGCAAACCCCCUGAAAGCCGGCUGGAGACCAUAUUCGAGGUGCCUCUCAAUCGCCGGGAUGGCUCUGAGUCCUGGUAUGGCCAGAGGCGUGUCAAGCGAUUUUUGGAGUUCCUGGAUGCCGGCGAGGUCAGAAAACCAAAGAAGCCACUAGUUGGUGUUGGAAAGGCAGGUACUUGCUCUUCCAGGACGAGACGAGGGGGCUUCCCCAAAGACGAGCCGUCCCUCAGCGUGCAGGAUGUGGACUCGCUUCUCUGUGCCAAGCUUGAUCAGCUCAAUCUGUGGCUGAUACAUGACCAUAAAGACAGUUGACAGAUG